UUUUUGUGUCCAUUAUGGCUUUGCUUAGGUGCUUUGGGUACAACGUAAGGCGCGCUGGAGUUUCUCAUAUCCGUGUUUUCGCAGAAGGCGAUAAAGAAGAUGAAUCAGAUAACACAAUGAUUGCUGGUGCAACGAGAUAUACAAGCGAAGAGUUGAAGAAAUUCACCGCGAAUUUCUCCAAUUCCAAUUUAAUUGCCUGUGGUGGAUUUAGCAGAGUCUAUUUAGCUAAUUUCCCUGAUUCAUCACUCCGAGCUGUUAAAAUCAUGGACAGCAGCAGCGAGCGUCUCAAUAGAAUCUACAAGCAAGAAUUAGACAUUUUGAUUCAAAUCAAACACGACAACAUAAUUAAACUUCUUGAUCAUUGUGAAAAUGAUGAAUCUGGAAACAUGCUCGUGUUCGAGUAUGUCUCAAAUGGUACUCUACAGGACAAACUCCACGAAAACAGAGAUAUGACAAUUCUUCCAUGGAGAAACCGAAUGGCAGUAGCAUUUCAACUUGCUCAAGCUAUUGAGUAUCUUCAUGACAAAUGUCCUUUACAAAUUGUGCAUAGCGAUAUCAAGUCCUCUAAUAUAUUGCUAGACGAUCAAUUCAAUUGCAAGCUAUGUGAUUUUGGGUCUGCGAAAAUUGGCUUUUCUUCUUCUGUUUCACCAUCAACGAAAAAUCGAGUGAUACUUGGUUCUCCAGGUUAUACUGAUCCUCACUACUUGAGGACCGGCAUUGCCUCCAAGAAAAACGACAUAUAUAGCUUUGGAGUCAUUAUUUUAGAACUCAUUUCAGGGGUUGAGGCCUUUUCCUCAGGUAGUGGGGAGAGGUUAAUAUCGAAAGCUGCUCCGAUUUUGAACAAUGUGUCUAAGGUAGCGGAAAUGAUAGAUCCACGCCUCGAUAGGAAUCACGUAUUGGAGGAAGCUAAGGCCAUGGUUUCACUUGCAGCAUUAUGCCUAAGUGAUUUCCCAGGCCUCAGACCUUCUGCUUCUGAAAUUUUGGAGAAUAUGAGAAGUAGAAUAUCUUCCAUCUCCUUUCUGUUUUCAGUUGGUAAAAAGGUUUGA